CAACUGACUGAGCCACCCAGGUGCCUGAGACAUUAUCUUUUUUACCAGGCAGAUGGCAUUUGCAUCCCUACUAUACAAAAAUCAUGUGCUCUUUAUCUAUUUGCUAAAGUUAAUAGAAGUAGUAAGUCAAACAAAAUAUAUUUAUAGAGAGUUAGAUAAACUUUGGGUGGUCCUGUUAGACAAUGCUCUGGUAUGACAUUGGAAAGGCACACAAUAAUCCUUUCGCCUUUUUCAGAAUUUGGAUAACUUCUCUGAAUGAUAUAAUUUUCCUUCAGCCUUUUCUUUUUAGGGGUAAGGAAUGUGGGGGGAGGUACAUGGAGUGGAAGCGACUUGCAGUGACCAUUAGUAGUAGGUUUGGAAAUGUGAUACUCUUGAUUUCAAUUUCCAUCUCCUGGUGUUGGGGUGUUAUGAAGCACUGUUUGAGAAAUUAGCAACAAUUACCCAAAGCAAGACAGCAGAAUAAAGUAUGAUCCCCCUUGUUCCCAUCAUUGGGGCUGUCUAGCAGGGUGUCAGCAGAUGACCCACCCAGGGUGGAACAUUCCUGGCCACCUAAACAUUGUUAUGUAAUGGUGUAAGUGCUGAAAUAUAUUGUGUAUCUAUAUUUCUCAAACUUGAAGUAAUAUCAGAAUCAUCCGGGGUCUGAACUACAAGCUCAGGUGUUUGGGCUCACUCUGGACCCAGUAAAUUAAAACCUAUUCCCUGCAUAAUUCCUACUUAGUAGGUUUAGAGCAGGGCUGAAGAAUCAAUAUUUUACUAAUGACCUUAGGGAAUAGAAUGCACUCCCACUGUUCACAUGCCCACAGGGCAGCUGAAGACAAAGCCUGGCUAAGGUCAACUAGCAGAGUGAUUUUAUUUGCUUGGGUAGCCAGUGACUCUUCUGUGGUUGAUGCCUUCUGACGGACAUUAACAAAAAAAUACAAACAUCUUCGCAUUUUGUGCGCAUUCCCAUAUGUCCAUCCACAUGUCUUUACUCUAUAUCUCUUUAUCUUUUAGUCUUCUGAUCAGUGAGCAGGCAUUGACCACUGCCCAAGAAUCUAUGUGUAUUGUCCUUUUGGGACAUUGUUUUUUUGUUUCGUUUUUUGGGGACAUUUUGUAUUUUGUUUUGUUGUCUACUUGUGUGUUCUUGCAGUUCACUGAAUUUCUUUAAGAGGGUUAUUCAGAGUUCUUUGUCAGACCAUUUUUCUCCAUUUCUUUAGGGUCAGUCAUUGGAACUAUAUUAACUUUCCUUGGCGAUAUCAUGUUUCCUUGAUUAUUUGUGAUCCUUGUGGCCUUUAUUGGUGUCUGUGCAUUUAAGGAAGUAGGCACUUCUUUCAGUCUUGGCAGGCUGGCUUUGGAAGGGAAAGCCCUAUACCAGGCAGCUUGUCCAAAGAUUCUGCGUGGGCUUGUUCUGAAGUCCUCAGACAGGCAGGUCUGGUGCCUGGAUCAGCAGGUGGGUAGACCUGGUGCUUGGGUCCAUAGGGGCCGGUUGGUGUCUGGGUUCACUGGGACAGGCCCAGUUCCUGUCUGUGGUGGUGGGCCUGGGACCCGGGUCUAUGUGGAUGGGCCUGGUGUCUGGGUCCAUAGGAGCUGGCCUGGAAGCUGAGACAUGGAGGCCACCCUAGCAGUUGGGCAAGCCUGAGCCUGGGGCCAUGGGAAUCAGCCUGUAGCCUGUAGCUGCAGGGGCCAUGAAGGACCACUCGAACCCAUGGGGGCUGGCUUGGAGGCUAGGGCCCAGGGAAAUGUCUGGAGACUGGAGCUCUAGGGACCAACCUGGUGCUGGAGUGGGCUGGGAGCCUGCAUCCAUGGGAGCCCAUGUGGAGCGUAGGUUUAUGGGGGGGAGCCUGUCUAAAGCCUGAGGCAAUGGGGCUGGCCUGGUGCUAGGGUGAACAGGUGGCCUGGAUCCACAGGAGACUGCUUGGACCUUGGCCAAUGGUAGCAGCGUGGCACAGGGGCAGGCCAGGACCCUCCUUCCAUGGGAACUUAUUUGGGGUCUAGGUCUGUGAAGGCUGGCCUGGGUGCUGAGGCAGGCUGGUAGCCUGGGUCCAUGAGAGUGAGCCUGAUACUAGGGAGGGCCAGGAGUCUGGAUUUGCAGGAAGUUGCCUGGAGCCUGGGUUUGUGGGGGGUCUUCCCAGUGCUGGAGUGGACAGGUAGCCUGGGUUUGUUGGAGCCCACCAGAAAUCUGGGGCAUGGUAACUUGGCCUGGUACCAGAGUAGGCCAAGAGCCUCAGGCCACAGAAGUCAGUCUGGUGCUGGUGUGGGCUGGUGGUGGAGUCUGCUGUGAAGUCAGUUCCUUACUUUACUCUUCUCCUGUGAACUGGAUGUCUCUCUCCAUGCUGGGAUACUCUGGCUUGGGGGAUGGGUGAUGGGAGUAAUAUGAAAUUAUAUUUCCUACCCUUUUUUCAAUGUAUCUUUUCUUAUUUCUGUGCUCCACCCAGAUGCUGUCAUCCCUCACCUGAAAUUCUUAACUCUUGUGAAGGUAUUUUUGUGUAUGGAUAAUUGUUCAAAUUGAUGUUUCUGGGAGGCAAAGAGUGCUAGAAAUUCCUAUACCAUCAGCUUGCUUUACUCUCUAAUUCUCUCCUCUGGUGUGUGUUGUCUGUUGCCAAAUACAAAUUUUGGUUUAUUUUAAUUUUAUUUGUUGUAUUAUAUUGUUCUAGAGAUGCUGUUUAAUGCUUCCAAAUCUGCCACUUUUCAUAGUUUGCUACUCUAGGAAAACAUCCAUGUUUGUCAUUUGCUUCUUAAAUAUGGUUAGGAUAGUUGUUUUAAGCUCUGUGUAUAAUAAUUAUAAAACCAGAUGUCUCUGUAUGUUUCUACUAUCUUGCUUUGUCUAUUUUUUUGGUUCUUGUUCUUGUGAUCUUGUUUACUUAUAUGCCUGGUGAUCUUCAACUCUUUGUGGCUUGUUGCCUUUGUAAAAUUAUUUAAGUGGCUCUGCCCUCCUCUAGAUGGGUUUUCUCUUUUUGUUUCUGGUGGAAAGCAUUUGGCCUACAUUAAACCAAAUGCAGUUUGAGAGUUCCUGGCUCAAUCAAACUGUGAGCACUCAAAGUGAAAAUCCUCAGGAAGGCAUGUUCAUGGCCACAGCCUUCCAGGAAUUACUUCUUUUCUUUAUAUCUUUCCUUCACCCACUUUGUUCAGUGCCAAGACCAUCUACUUCAUGGGUUCCAGAGAUUGGGUGAAUCUAGAUCUGGUUUGCUUGCCUAGUCCUAGGCAGCCCCUGAGUCCUGAUCUCUCUCUCUCUCUCUCUCUCUCUCUCUCUCUCUCUCUCUCUCGUGCUGGUGUGACUAGAGUAUGGCAUGGGUGCAUGCUAUAGCAGCACAGAACAUAUCGUGGCUUUAAGGCUCCUUUAUUUCAGAUCCUGAUUCUAUAUGUCUGGGAUAAAGCCUGAGAUUCUGCAUUUCUGACAAGCUGCCAGAUGAUGCCAAUGCUGCUCGUCCACAGAUCAUACUUUGAACAUCAAGGAUGUAUAGAACAAGGACUCUUUCAUUUAGUAACUUGGCAAUAUGUGAACAAUAGUCAAAUUGAGUGAUGGGAAUUGUGCUAUAUAAGUUGGGAGAGAUUUAUGGAACCGAGGGGACUAUGUUAGACCAUGACCUGACUAGUGAAGGAUAGAUAUGGAUGGACAAGGGAAUGAAAUCCUAAUUCAGAUCCAGUUUGGGCUACUUGAAGAGAGAAGAAAGGCUAUAUCUCUAGAUUUUAUUCAUAUGGAGUUCUUUUUUUUACAGGGAAAGAGGUUUCCUUCACAUAUUUUGACCCAGGGGCCCUUCUCAGGAUCACCCACCACCUCGGUGGUAAAGGAUGCACCUCCAUUCUAGGGAGACAUAAGUUGAGGUCUUGUGUUAUCUGGUGUCACCAAAGCCCCCAUCACCUCAGCUAAUGGCACUGUGGACUAAGUGUCUAGGCUACACGGAGCUCCAUGUAUUUAUAGGAUUAAAUAAUGAAUCUGAAAGGCUCCACAUCUUAUUAGCUGUGGUCCUGAAUGAAUUUGCAUUAGUAUAUGCAGCAUCCAUAUCAAUGUGUCCUGAAUGUUUGCUUCUUUGUACCUUAUGGCAGGACAUUGAGAUCCUCUCCUCAAGAUUUCCAAGUGGGUCCAGUCCUAUAUAAGGAGCAUGGGGGUGAUGUCAUAGGCUCUGGAAUUUCUUCUUUGAGCAUGGAAAUCAACUCAUGCUAAUGGAUACCUGGGGAAACUCCUCUUCAUAGCCACAGAUUGAUUUUGAAUCCUAGUUUUGACUCAGACAUACCUACUGCACAUUUGAGUAUGAGUGCUUCAUGAUUCCACACUCUUGAGGGAAUGGCCAUGGAGCUACUCAGGACAAGAUCAUAACGACCUUUAUAUCCCACUGUGCAGUGAGAAUCCCUUGGAAGACUAUAUAGUGUGAACUUGAGAGUGUCUUUAUGUGUUAGGUAGGCUGAUAAGGUAGCACAAAUGUCAAGAGCUAGGAUGAUCUACUGGUAGUCAAAGCAAAAAAGCUGGUAGAGACAAAUAGGCUGAUCUGGGGUCUAGCGACAGACAUAGGAGACUCACUAGGCCAGUUGCUACAGGAAGGUGUCAUGUACUGGGGACUUUGCAUACUCUUCUUUAACCAACACAAUAAUCCAGCAAGGUACAAUGCAUUCAUAUAACAGUCAUCUUGGGAUCAGAGAUGUGAAAGGAUUGUGCCAAGGACACAAGUCCAAAAGUUGCAAAGCCUAAUUGUGAACAUACAUCUUUUGAAUACGAGUCUCUGGCUCUUGAAUACUAAACUACUGUCUUAGUCUGUUUUCUCCCUGAGAAACCCUAGCAUUGUUUCAGAAGCUAGGGAGGCUAAGAUAUUAACCCACCAGUCCCUUCCCCCAUUGGUUGAGUUUGCUAUUGAAAUAAAUACCCUUGAGGUGUGAAGCAGACAGGUGCUAGAAACUGCCACAGUGAUGGUGAACUCAGUUGGGCUGAAGGGAUUGGGGCAGGGUAUCUACAGCAUUGUCUAAGCUUUCCUUCAGGGAAAACCUAAUGUGUGUUCCUAACGUGUGUUUGCUAGAUUAGAGCACUGGAGCAUCUGGGAGGCAUACUCCCUGCUCCACUAAUCUAGGUCAGUGACCUGUAGUCCAUGAUGGGCAGGGUGCCCAGGAGCUGGCCUUGCCCAGGGGAGGCUCCCUUGAGUGGAGAAGCAGCAUGCAUACAGGCUCUGAAAAGCUAGAGAAGCAUACACUGGGGUGUUUUUACCUGGUCUGAUAUUGGUAGAGAAUAUGGUGAUUGUGAACCAGGAGUAGUUGCAAGCUACACAGGUCUUAGGGGACCCAUUCCUUCCUUAGUCUACUUCCUACCUUGAACCUACUGGGGGCUUCCACUCCUAGGAAUAACAUUCCAGUGUGUCAUUUUGUGGCAAAAGAAUCCAGUCAUCAGCCCUGGGGCAGUCCCAUAAUGUUUCUUCCCUCAAACUCAGUGUUGAUGACUAUAUUUCCUGGUUGUUGCUCUUAAGAGCUUACUUAGCAUGCCCUACUUUUUCAGGGUGAAUGGGCAAGUCACAGUCAUACUUAGUUGACAUUUACAUAAAGACUCACUGAAUCUCUGCACCAGGAACCAGAAAAUAUUCAGCGUCAGGCAGUCCCAACCCAAGUGAGGUAGAACCUCCUUCCUUCCCUAUGUGUAUAAAAAGCUUGGAACCUGUUGGAUUCAGUCAGAGAACCUAAGUCUGGAAGAAGCCAUAGUCCAUAAUAACAGAUUACAGGUGUAGUCUGAAGCCAUGAAACCUGCUGAUCUUUGAUCUUCUCUUGCUUCUGGGGAGUCCUAGACAGCUUUCCAGAGCCCUUGGAUGCAGCUAGAACCUUUACUUUGGAUCCAGGGGGAAAAGCAUCUCUUGGACAAAGACCUGCUGCUGACAACCUCCUCUCCAUCGUCUGAUUUACCUUGUCUUCUUCACAGGAAGCUCUGAAGCCAACAUGGCCACCCCCCAAGCGGUAGACUAUUCCAGAAUCUUUGGUGUUCAUGAUUCUCUACAGAUGGUGUGGGUCCUGAAUGGAAAUUCUUUAAUAACAACUCCUUUUAACAACAAUGUCAGUCCUGUCAGUCUUGAUUUAAUGACAUGUAUGGACAAAGAAUUCCAUGAUGCAGGAAAAGGCAAUCCAGUUUACUUGGGAAUCAAGAACAACCAUCUUUGUCUUUUCUGUGCAGAAAUUCAGGGCCAGCCAACUUUACAGCUUAAGGAGAAAAAUAUCAUGGAUGUACACAACAAGAAGAAAGCACAGAAGCCUUUUCUCUUUUUCCAUAAUAAGGAGGGCUCCACCUCCACUUUUCAGUCCGUCUCCUACCCUGACUGGUUCAUAGCGACUUCCAAAAUAGCAGGACAGCCUGUCAUUCUCACCAAGGAGAGGGGCAAAGAUUACAUCACUAACUUCUAUCUAGAGCCUCAGGACUAAAUUCAGCCUGGGCUGUGGGUAACUGAUUCCAGGAAAGAGGAUCAAGCAAUCAGAGAAUCUUCCAUUCGGAGACACAGUAGGUCAUCUUCAUAGACUAACAUGCACUGAUGCCCAUCCGUAGCCCCACCUCAUUCUCGUCACCCAAAUUUUGUGCACCAUGUUUCCUCAUAUGAACAUCACCCCAGUAUGAAACCUGAAUCACUUUUUAUUCUUUCCUGAUCUUGUCCCACUAUCCACUUAGUUGCCAAGUCCAGUUAAGUCAACAUCCCAAAUGCUUCUUACGCACACCCCUCUCUAUACCUAUUCCUUCUGACAACCUAUGGCCUAGAGAUGCGAGUUCCAAACACUUUUGUUCAUACAACCCUAUCAAUAAAAGAGUAUUAUUUGUUAA